UAUGAAACCUUGGGCGAGUGAGGUAGCUAGUCAGAUAAGCCGAGCUCUAAUAUCUGCUUCCAACCGGACAGUCCCAACUAGGACAUGGAAUCCGUCGCUCGAGCAAACCCUCCACCGCCUCCGCUGUCGCGACUCGCUAACGCCAACACUGGUGGCCCGAGUCAUCGAUCCGUUCCUACUCAACCACCACUCGCUCGCUCUCGGCUUCUUUAACUGGGCCUCUCAACAACCAGGCUUUAAUCACACCUCAAUCACCUAUCAAUCUAUCCUCAAAUCUCUCUCCAUUUCCCGCCAGUCGAAUUCCAUUAGCAGUCUCUUAAAGCAAGUCAAAGCCCACAAUAUCGAUCUCCACCCUUCAAUUUAUAAAUCCGUCAUGGCUUCACAGAUUAUGGGUAAGAAUACGCAUAUUGCAUUUUCUAUUUUCAGUGAAAUUACUUCAUCAAUUUAUACAAUUGGUUCCGAAAUUUGUAAUUCGCUUCUUGCUGCGCUAUCGUCCGAUGGGAAUAUAUGUUGUGCCCAGAGAGUAUUCGAUGAAAUGAUUCUGAGAGGUGUAAGUUUGAGUACACUUGGUUUUGGUGUUUUUAUAUGGAGGUUUUGUAGAAAUGGUGAGUUGGGAAUGACUUUAAGUUUGUUAGAUGAGGUAAGGAAGAGUGAUUUUUCAGGGAUUAAUGGGUCAAUUAUUGCUGCUUUGGUUGUUCAUGGGCUGUGUUUGGAGUCUAGGGUAGGAGAGGCUGUGGAUGUGUUGGAUAAGUUGAGGGAAAGGGAAUGUAAACCUGAUUUUAUGGCGUACAGAAUUGUUGCUGAAGCAUUGCUGCUCACAGGCAAUGUGUUUGAUGUGGAGAGAGUGUUGAAGAAGAAGAGGAAGCUAGGGGUAGCACCAAGGGAAAAUGAUUACAGGGAGUUCCUGUUUGCUUUGAUUUCGGAGAGACUGAUAUGGGAAGCAAAAGAAUUGGGUGAAAUUAUUGUAAAUGGCAAUUUCCCAAUUCAGGAUGAUGUUCUCAAUCCUUUGAUAGGGUGUGUAUCCUCUACCGAUCCUUCUUGUGCAUUGUCAUUUUUAAAGUUCAUGCUUGGAAAAGAGAAGUUUCCAACUCUUCUUACUUUGAGUAAUUUGAGUAGGAACCUCUGUAAGCAUGGAAAAGUCAAUGAAUUGGUUGAAGUUUACCGUAUUCUGUCUGCCAAAGGGUACUUUGUAGACAUGGAGAGCUACAAUGUGAUGGUUUCUUUCUUGUGCAAGUCUGGGAAAGUGAAAGAAGCUUAUCAGGUUCUUCAGGAGAUGAAGAAGAAAAGUUUGGGUCCAAAUAUAUCAUCUUAUAAUUCUCUUAUAGAAGCCUGCUGUAGAGAAGACCUACUCCAACCUGCAAAACGUUUGUGGGAUGAGAUGUUCGCAAAUGGUUGUGGUGGCAAUUUGAAGACUUACAACAUUCUUAUCCGGAAAUUUUCAGAGAUAGGUCAAGUUGAAGAGGCUCACAGGCUAUUUUGCCACAUGGCAGAGAAAGGGGUAGCUCCUGAUGCUCUGACAUACACUUCCCUCAUUGAAGGCCUUUGUCGAGAAAAAGAGUUUAAAACAGCUCUUGCAGUCUUCAACAAGUCUGUUGAACAGGAUGCAAUGCUCGCACAAGCCAUAUUGAGUACAUUUAUCCUUCACCUCUGUAACGAAGGUCAUUUUCUUGCUGCUUCCAAGUUACUCCGUGAUUGCACUAGUGAUAUAGGAGAUUCAGAUUCUCACGUGAUUUUGCUGAAAUGCUUAGCUGAUGCCAGAGAGGUUCCAAUUGCCAUUGAACAUAUUAAAUGGAUUGGAGAUGAGUCACCUUUGAUGUUGUAUGCAAUAUGUACUGAGCUUUUAGCAUCACACUCAUCUUCAUCAAAACCAGAUCCAACCAUGCAGUUGAUUCAAGCAAUGCAGGAAAAACGUUUAGUUUCAAAAAAUGAUUCUCGGCAGGAUAUGCCAAACAAAUGACUUUCUUGUUGUUCGGCUUAGCAUUCUUCUGCAAUGAUGCAGAGGAUCUGAAGGUCAGGUCCCUAUUUGAAGUACAAAAUGUUGGCUCCUCAUUUAUCUGUGCAAGCAACACGUGGAUUUCCUACAGGUGUGAGAUGAUGAAAGUCCAACAUACCUUUGCUUGCUUCAUCAUUUUAAACAUGCCAAGCUCGAGAGCCUCUUGAAUGUUCAUGACAAGGCCAAGUGAGAUAGCAUCCCUGCGACGUACUUUGAAUUAAGUUGAGGAUGAGGGCUCCAAGGAACUUGCCUUCGCUGGUAACAAGGAUGAUGAAUUGGACAACCAUAUAAUUUUUCAUCUUGACCGAAAAUGUCGAUCACCAAACCAUUUUUGAGGAAGAAAAGCGGCAUAAACAUCCAUAUGAGGGCUUCUCUACCAGCGCUGAUCCCAAAAGGCGGCCCGGCGAGUAUUGCCAUUCCGUAAAGAAGUGGUACAUAAAAGAUGUGCAGACCACUGGCCUGACAGCAAAAGCCAGUCACCAGGACGCCUACAAAUAUGAGAUAAAUAAACCCCGGCUUCAAUUCCUCCUCGGCUUGAAUUUGCAGCCUCCAUAAGACUACUGGUCGAACUAGCAAAAAAAUCACCAGUGCCAUGGCAAUACCAGUGGCAACAGUUCUUAACGUCAUGAAGAUAUCUGUGUUGUGCUCAUUCGUUAGAACAGUGAGCGUUAUAACAACAAAACCAAACAAGUUAGAUAAUUGAGGAAGAUAGUGCCAUUCUGCCGAACUCGGAAUUUAUCGUCUUUAGUUCGGUCAGGUAGUGAACAACUAUUGGAAAGGCAAGCACGGCUGAGGUUGUUGCCACUACAGGAAGUGAGCUGGCUAACUUUUGCGGCAUGCUGAUUUUAGUAACCAUAAUUAGGAUGGAGCAAGAGAUGCUUAGUACCACAACAAGGACUGCAGUGGAAAAGCCAAUGGUGAAUUCCUUUUUACCUAUUUCCUUCAGCAGUAUCCAAGGAUCCAUUUGUACUCCAAUCAAGGAAAAGUAGAACAUGAACCCAAAUACGGAGAGUGUAUCUGGCAUUAUGAGACUUUUUAAGGGAUAAACCGGUGCUGAAAAUCCACCAAACCGUCCCAGAAACGAUCGACCUAGUAUUAAACCGCCCUGGUAGAGGUCCCAAGCAAUAGAACUGUUAUCAAUGCCUGCAAAUGUAAUCGCAACUUGUAUACAACUCAUUGGAUCGAAGAAGUCUUGGAAUGAAACUGGGAAGACAUUUAAGGGCAUGAAUUUACAGAGAAGCUUACCAGUAUCUGUGGAACAAUGCUGGCCUGGCCAAGAUGCUUCAGAAGGCGAGAAGCAAAGAGAAUGAAGACAGAGGCUAGAGAGAUCUGCGCCAGGAGGAGAGGGACUGCGUAGUCCAUGGGCUUCAUAUUGUGAAAGAGGCUUCUUGAUUGAAUUUAUUACGUGGCCGAGUGAUUAUAUGUGUCGUUGUGGGUGCUAGCUUAUGAUGCUACGUCCUCGGGUUCAAGGGCGGUGCUCUGCAUGGUCUAGGGUAGACAAGUGCCCUCCUAAAAAAAAAAAUUAUUACGUGGGUAUACAUUUGUAUAUAUUAUUGGGCAAAAUCCAGUUUAUUCUUUUGUGGUUUGGUCGUUGUGCACAUAACCUCCUUGUCAUUCAAAAAUCAUCACAUAGUCCUCUUGUAUUUUUGGACUAAAGUGCGUAGCUAACACCGUUA